UUCCUGCCCUGAACUUGGGCACCUUGAAGAUGCUUCUGCCCUACCUACUCAACCUGUUGUUACUGUUCUGGUGCCUCCUCUUCACCAGACCAAGCUUAAUCCCCAGCAUCCAGGAAGUGCCCGGCACGUGGUAAAGGGAUUGUGGCAGAAAUGAACGCAAGGUCAUUGCCAGGCUCCCCGAGGUGGGAGGGCAGUCCCUAACAGCCACGGAUGCCUGGCGGGGCGCUCACUCCACCUCGCCGCCCCGCCUCUGAGGGCGUGGUCUUGUCCCGGACACCAGUCCUGGGGAGGGGAUGUGGUCAGGGCGGGGCAUGCAGGCCACGCCCCCGGAGGAGUCACGUAGCUCUGCGACAUCCGCAGCCUCAUUUACCAGAGGGAGCCAGGGCUGCAGCCGCAUCUGUUUGCGGAUCAGAACCCGAGCUGUGCUUGUGGCUGCAGCUGCUAACUGGCUGCGCACAGGGAGCUGUCACCAUGCCUCACUCGUACCCAGCCCUUUCUGCUGAGCAGAAGAAGGAGUUGUCUGACAUUGCCCUGCGGAUUGUAGCCCCGGGCAAAGGCAUUCUGGCUGCGGAUGAGUCUGUAGGCAGCAUGGCCAAGCGGCUGAGCCAAAUUGGGGUGGAGAACACAGAGGAGAACCGCCGGCUGUACCGCCAGGUCCUGUUCAGUGCUGAUGACCGUGUGAAAAAGUGCAUUGGAGGCGUCAUUUUCUUCCAUGAGACCCUCUACCAGAAAGAUGAUAAUGGUGUUCCCUUCGUCCGAACCAUCCAGGAUAAGGGCAUCGUCGUGGGCAUCAAGGUUGACAAGGGUGUGGUGCCUCUAGCUGGGACUGAUGGAGAAACCACCACUCAAGGGCUGGAUGGGCUCUCAGAACGCUGUGCCCAGUACAAGAAGGAUGGUGCUGACUUUGCCAAGUGGCGCUGUGUGCUGAAAAUCAGUGAGCGCACACCCUCUGCACUUGCCAUUCUGGAGAAUGCCAACGUGCUGGCCCGUUAUGCCAGUAUCUGCCAGCAGAAUGGCAUUGUGCCUAUUGUGGAACCUGAAAUAUUGCCUGAUGGAGACCAUGACCUCAAACGUUGUCAGUAUGUUACAGAGAAGGUCUUGGCUGCUGUGUACAAGGCCCUGAGUGACCAUCAUGUGUACCUGGAGGGGACCCUGCUCAAGCCCAACAUGGUAACCCCGGGCCAUGCCUGUCCCAUCAAGUAUACCCCAGAGGAGAUUGCCAUGGCAACUGUCACUGCCCUGCGUCGCACUGUGCCCCCAGCUGUCCCAGGAGUGACCUUCCUGUCUGGGGGUCAGAGCGAAGAAGAGGCAUCAUUCAACCUCAAUGCCAUCAACCGCUGCCCCCUUCCCCGGCCCUGGGCGCUUACCUUUUCCUAUGGGCGUGCCCUGCAAGCCUCUGCACUCAAUGCCUGGCGAGGGCAACGGGACAAUGCUGGGGCUGCCACUGAGGAGUUCAUCAAGCGGGCUGAGGUGAAUGGGCUUGCAGCCCAGGGCAAGUAUGAAGGCAGUGGAGAAGAUGGUGGAGCAGCAGCACAGUCUCUCUACAUUGCCAACCAUGCCUACUGAGUAUCCACUCCAUACCACAGCCCUUGGCCCAGCCAUCUACGCCCACUUUUGCUUGUAGUCAUGGCCAGGGCCAAAUAGCUAUGCAGAGCAGAGAUGCCUUCACCUGGCACCAACUUGUCUUCCUUUCUCUCCUCCCUUCCCCUCUCUCAUUGCUGCACCUGGGACCAUAGGAUGGGAGGAUAGGGAGCCCCUCAUGACUGAGGGCAGAAGAAAUUGCUAGAAGUCAGAACAGGAUGGCUGGGUCUCCCCCUACCUCUGCCAGCUCCCACAAUUUUCCCAUGAUGAGCUAGCUUCUCCCUGGGCUCUCCUUCUUGCCCGCCCUAUCUCCUGGGAUCAGAGGGUAGUACAGAAGCCCUGACUCAUGCCUUGAGUACAUACCAUACAGCAAAUAAAUGGUAGCAAAACAUUCUA